AGAGCGGGGCACUCGGGGAGGACACGCCUGCGGCGCAGGGGGCGGGGCGCGCGGCGCGAGGGGGCGGGCCCGUGUGGCGAGCGCAAGGCAGGGCGGGGCGCUGCGCGACGUACGAGGGAGGGGCGCGCGUAUCGGCGCCGCGGUCGCGUGACGCGUUUUCAAAUCUUCAACCGCCGCAGCCCACUCGUUUGUGCUUUUUUUUCCCCCUUCCUCCUGCGCGCCUAGGAGCCGGAUCCGGCCCCGGAAACUCGGGCCGCGAACGCGGCACCUCUCCUCCGUGAAAGUUGUGGCCCGCGGAAGUGAAGAAGCGGUGGUGCAGUCGAUAGGACGCGAGAAUCCUUGUUUUUGAAGCCGUGGGGUGCGGCACCCCGUCUAGACCCAGCAUGUAGGUGCUUGGCGGCUGCCAUGAACCCCGAAACCAUGAGGAUCCACAGCAAAGGACGUUUGCAGGGUGGACUCCAAGUCAAAAACGAAAAGAACAGACCAUCUUUGAAAUCUCUGAAAACUGAUAGCAGACCAGAAAAAUCCAAAUAUAAGCCACUUUGGGGGAAAGUAUUUUACCUUGACUUACCUUCUGUCACCAUAUCUGAAAAGCUGCAGAAAGACAUAAAGGAUCUGGGAGGGCGAGUUGAAGAAUUUCUCAGCAAAGAUAUCAGUUACCUUAUUUCAAAUAAAAAGGAAGCAAAAUUUGCACAAACAUUGAGUCGAAAUUCUCCUGUACCAAGUCCAGAGUCUGCAUAUACUGCAGAAACUACCUCACCUCAUCCCAGCUAUGAUGGAAGUUCAUUUAAGUCUCCAGACACAGUGUGUUUAAGUCGAGGAAAAUUGUUAGUUGAAAAAGCUAUCAAGGAUCAUGAUUUUAUUCCUUCAAAUAGUAUAUUGUCAAAUGCCUUAUCAUGGGGAGUAAAAAUUCUUCAUAUUGAUGAUAUUAGAUACUACAUUGAACAAAAGAAAAAAGAGUUGUAUUUACUCAAGAAAUCAAGUACUUCUGUAAGAGAUGUG